AUGUCCAGCUUCUCCCAAUUCGCCGACCUGAAUGAUCACUACUGCUACACGGAUAUUACGAUGCCGCCGACGCGAAAAGCUAAGUCAGACGAGGCCAAGAAGGCGGCAAAUGCUGCCGUGUAUGGAGCGAGGCCGGCGUUCCAAAGCAGCCCAUCAGCUCUCUCCGGCGCGCCCGGCUCACAUGUGGAAAUACCCUAUUAUCCACUCGCCCCGGGCAACAUCAAGGCAGAAUAUCCCAUGCCGGUCAAGUCGGAGCCGCAGUUCGAUCAAGGAAUUCCAGUACCACAACUUGUUCCAGACACCGCAGCUGCUAUGCAAUUCGAUACCGCUGACUUCAGCGACGAUGAGUAUCUCAGCUUCAAUGAACCAGCACCGGCACCGAAGAGAACAUCCAAGCCAAUGACUGCAAGAGCACCGCGACCCAUGGGACCUUGGGGGUCUGGACACAUUGACACGGUGCUCUCCUUUAAGGAAAUCUGUGAACGUCUCACUUCAUUCCGUUUCGUCUACCACGUCGUCAAUUAUGACACUACGAACUCUGCCGAAGAGCUUACUGACGACAUCAUCAAGAUCACCCACGCCUGUCCGAAGCUGAAAGUAUUUUCCGUCCCAGGCACGUCGGACCUCACAGAAAAGGCGUUCCUUGCGCUGUGA